AUGAAAAAAAUUGAAAAAAAAGAAUAUAAGUAACAAAAUUUUGAUAUUAUAAUGACUUUAAAAGCUAUUGACUUUUAGGAAAUUGCUUAAUCUCUCCAAAGUAUGAAAAUAACUUAUCAUAAUUAGAUGUUCAAUUAUAGUAAUCUUCUUAAGAAAAUGCUAUUUAAUAAGAGAAUCUAUUGGAUUAAGGAGAGAAAGAUGAUGAAUUGCGGGAAAUAUAAUAUUUUGAAAAUUCAGUAGAAGAAUAAAAAAUGAAGGGAAUAAUAAUAAUAAUGAGAAUAUUUAAGAUAAUUAGAAUAAAUUAAAUGAAUGAAUUGAUGAAGAAAAUAAUGAAAAUGAAUAAUAAUGAUUUUUGA